AUGGGCGCCGCGGGCGUGCCUGUCGCGGACGUCCACGGCUUCUACGGCUGGGACGACCUCGACGCGGCGACCUUCGACGGCUUCCACGCCAACGUCGCCACGUGCCCCCUCUGGUACGACCUCAUCCUCGAGCGCAUCGACGCCGCGCGCGGCACGAACUGCAUCGGCAACUCCGACGGCUGGAGCUACUACGACCCGACGCGGGCGCCGACGACGGCCUACGCGCCGACGCCGCGGCCAACGCCGGACCCGCCGGCGCCGACGGCGGCCUGGUGGGACUUCGACACCUGGCCCGCGCCCACGGCGCCGCCCGACGCGGAGGACGGCGAGACCAAGGACCCCGCGCCGGCCGCGGCCGGCGGCGCCCGGUCGGCGGAGGCGUCGCCCCUCGACUCCGGCGAGCUCGGCUCCUGGACGUCGCCGACGAACGCCGCGCGGCGCCGGUCGUCCCUCUCGCCCGCGGGCUCCGCCGCGUCGCCGAGCCCGCGCCGCGCGUCCGCGGCGAAGCUCUGGGACGACGCCGUCUGA